ACAGCCACUUGAACAUCAGCAUUUAUCUUUCAUCAAUUUCUUCUUUCACAACCGUUGAUCGUAUUGCUUAUUCCAAUUCGUAUUUAGUUGCAAGUAAGAGUCACAGGCAUACGAAAUUAAAAGUGAAUAUUUUCUAAUUUGAAUAACAACAUCGAUUAAGUAAUGGGAAUCAUAAGAUUCGUCAUAUUGGCUGCUAUGGGACUGGGGUCAUUAUGGAUGGUUCAUUUAUUAGCUCAGGAUUUUAACAAAUUUCGCCCAUCUGUUCCAAAGGCUCUAAAUUUUCUAAGAAGUAAAAGAGACUUGAAUGCUGUUUCGUACGAAAUGGACACAAUUGAAAACUUCGACGUAAAUUGGCCGAAAAUUUUGGAAUUUGAUCCGCUAAAAUGUGCUCUUUCGCUCAUAUGUGAAUUAACUUCUGGUGCUGAAAAGGAAAAUCCGGAGGCUUCAAAUAUCAAAGCGGUUGUACAAUAUUCCAUUGUUAGAGGCGCACCAGACGAGGUCGACAAAGCAUACCAAUUCGGAGCGAGAAACCCUAAUCUAUUCAGCAAGUGCCGUGAGGAAUAUCCCUUCUGUCCGUACAGUGCAAAAGUCAUGUUGAAACUGCUGGACUUACACAAUACCGUAUUCGGUACAAGUUCUGAUCGAAGAGGUUGAUAAAUUUGUCAGAUUUGAUUUUUUUUUUUAAAUAAACGUUCGGAGAUUUUGUUUUUGUAUCGUUUCUUUA